AUGAAGAUGCGUCCGUCGUGGAAGCUCAACAAGAAGGAGUUGUUUGGACCGAGUUUCACGCCCGGAGAUGAAGAGAUUCACGUGCUGGUGGAACUCCCAGAAGCUGCUCCGGUUGGCGAUGGAAUAGCAAAGGAACCACCAAACAAGAAGCAAAGAUUGGAGGGAAACCGCAUCUCAUACGCAGGACCAUUGCACCGGGAUGAGUUUGCCGUUCCGUUUGAUACAAUAGACGCCUUUCGACAGAUCAAGGAAGGUUUCUCAAGAAAAGAGGUCAUCGGCCACCCAUUGUUCCUGUUGUACGGUCCUCGUCAAUUUGGAAAAACGACAAUUGCGUAUCGCAUUAUGGACUGGAUUGCCAGUGAUUCCAGUGUUGCGGAUGUCAAGUACGUCUUUUUUGAGAUGCAUGAAUCGGAUGUGGCUGAAGAGGGAACGUUUUGGGGACGAUUGGGGCAGUGCAUUGAUGAAGAAAGCGCGUGCUGCGAUUAUGCAUCGUUCAGACGAUUAAUGGUGGAAUGCACAACCCACGACCGGACGCAGUUGUGCCUGAUUGUGGAUGAAAUGGAUCAUCUGUUUUCCAACAAAGAGUUGGCUGCCAAGUUUCUCAGUGCACUUCGAAAAUGGAAAGCAGCACCGUAUUUCCGUGGUUUUCUUGGGAUCGGAAGUCAUGAACUGGUGCACCAUCAUGAAAUCUUUCGCGGGGAUGACAAGACAAGCCCUUUCAACGUUGGCAACAUGAUCAAGAUGGUGCCAUUUUCGGUGGAGCAAAUGAGUGCGUUUUUCAAGCUUAUUGAGCCGCGCUAUGAGUUCUCUCAGUCUCUUCAAUGUGGAAUCAUGAAGUAUUCGAGUGGAGCGCCGGGUGUAUUUGGAUCAUUGAUUCGAUUUACGGUUGAUAACGACAAGUGGACUCUGGAGUGGCGUGAAUGGGAACCGUGGUUCCAAGUGGGUGCAUUUUCCGGGUAUUUGACGCAGUACAACAACACCUAUCACCGCAUACAAGGCGAUCUGCGCAGCUUGACCGAGUUGGAGUGGGAGGCACUCAAAUACAUACUUGAAGACAAUGGCAGUUUGACGGCUAGCACCGUCGAGGGGUACUGUGGCAUUGCAGUCAGGGGCGAUCAGCAAAGGCGACUCGUUGACCCGUUACUGAGAAUGGGGAUUGUGGUUCAAGGAAGCAGUGGUGAAUUGGCCAUUGUAUCUGAGAUGAUGUAUCGAGUUUGUGUCGAAGCCCUCCCAGAGCGGGAAAUUCAUCAAGCUGCUAAUACCGACGACCCCGUGCUGCUCUUGUCUGUUGCGCUUGGACAAGUGUACCCCAAAACCAUUUCGAAUCAUCUUGUGAGGAAUCGACAAGCACCGACCGAAGGAGAGCCGAUAUUCUCAUCGCCAAUGGGGUCCGAGUCGCGUACGAGCUGA